AUGUCGGAACUUGCCUGUCUGAUUGCUGGAGUUCUAGCUGAGAAUAUGGGUUACUCUGGUCAUUCUUUCCUGGAAAAUUGCAACAAAAACACAUGCUUCAUACGUCUGAAUCGAUAUCCCCCAUGCCCAUUCUCACCAGAAACCUUUGGAUUGACACCUCACACUGACAGCGACUUCCUAACUAUCCUAUACCAGGAUCAGGUAGGAGGACUGCAGCUGAUGAAGGACUCCAAAUGGGUCGCUGUCAAACCAAAUCCACAUGCUCUAAUUGUGAACAUUGGCGACCUAUUUCAGGCAUGGAGCAAUGACAUUUACAAGAGUGUGGAGCACAAGGUGAUGGUCAACAGAAAGGUGGACAGGUACUCCGUUGCCUACUUUCUAUGCCCAUCAUAUGAGUCCACCAUAGGAAGCUGCAAGAAGUCCUCCCCUUACAAGAGUUUCACCUUCGGGGAGUUCAGGCAGCAGGUACAAGAGGAUGUAAAGAGGAAUGGACACAAAGUAGGUCUGUCAAGAUUUCUCCAGUACAACAACCAGCAAAUACAAAAAGAAAUGGCCCCGCAUUAA